AUGGAUCUAUGCCCAUCAGAUUGGUUUGAUUCCAAUCUAUUAAUAACAACACCAACAACAAUCGAUUUAACUCCAAAUGGAAGUCGAAAUAAGCGAAAACGUGAAACGACAAGUCGUAUUGAUGGCAUUGAUAAUUUGGAACAACCAGAGGAACAAUUCAAUCAGGUGUUAAACAAUUACUUCCAUUUUUCAAAUCCGACCAGUACCACAUGGUUUCAGCAAGAACAGCAAAUGCUACCAACAACUGCACAACUUUUGCGACCAACUACCGAUCGCUCACAGGAGUUUACAGUUUCAAAUGAUGAAGUUAGCAGCACAACACCAAAUAUGACACUGUAUGCCAUACAAAAAUCAUCGACAUCAAUCAAUCUAGGAAUCACCACAAAGCACAUUUGCGCAAUAUGCGGUGAUCGAGCAUCCGGGAAACACUAUGGGGUGUACAGUUGUGAAGGUUGUAAAGGAUUUUUCAAGAGGACAGUACGUAAGGAUCUUAUCUAUUUGUGCCGAGAAAAUCGUAACUGUAUCAUCGAUAAACGACAAAGGAACCGAUGUCAAUAUUGUCGUUACCGCAAAUGUCAAAGUAUGGGAAUGAAAAGAGAAGCUGUUCAAGAGGAAAGACAAAGUUCAAGAACAGAUCUAACAAAAGUACUAACCAGUGGUGGACAACGGCAUAUUACCACAAGUCAAAUGGAAGCGGAAAGUACGAGUACUUAUGGCGGUCUUGAGAUUCAACUUGAAAGGAUUGCUGCAGCUGAAGAAGCUUCAGAAGUACUUUUCAGUAACAUUAAGAUCGAAUCAAGUGAUGUUAAUAGUUGUGAAUCAUUGGAAUGGCAAAUGAUACGAAUGGUUGAAUGGGCUCUAAUGCUACCAUCAUUUAAUGAAAUUUUAGUAGAAGAUCAAGCUCGAUUAAUAAGAUUUGGAUGGCAUGAAUUAAUUCUUGCCGAUAUAGCUUAUCGUUCUACAAUAAAUAAAUUAUUACUGUGGCCGGAACGUGUAAUGGAACGAAAUGAUGCGGAGAUUCUUGGCUGCCGGAUCAUUUUCGAUCGAAUCAUCAAUGAGCUUACAAUUCGCAUGAAAGAUUUAAAUGUGGAUCGAAUGGAAAUUGCCGCAUUACGCUGCGCUAUUCUUUAUAAUCCAAGUGUUAGUGGAUUGCAAAAUGUCUCAGUGAUAGAAUCAUUACGCGACAAAGUGAUGGUAUGUUUGGAGGAUUACUGUCGACAACAUCAUCCAACACAAACUCAACGCUUUGCUAAGUUAUUAUUACGCAUGCCAGCAUUACGAUCUCUUAGCUUGCAUUGUGCUGAAAAUGAUAGUUUUAUUAUUGCUGCACCUACUAUCCAGGAUCUUAUUAGAGUAUUAAUUCAACGCCAAAAUUUAUCCGUGCAAAGAAAUCUGUGA